AUGGCGUUUGUACUACGAUUCAUCAAUAACCUACGAUGUAAACGAAGCGGGUUUGUACCACGUGCUGGCGUUCUCUGCCAAGAGGAGCUGAAACGUGCUGAGGAAGAGCUCUGGAAGGUCGCACAAGGUGAUGCCUUUCCGGAAGAAAUUUCCAUUCUUUUGGAAACUCAAGGUUCCCCUGAUGCGCGUCACCGACGCGUUGCAAAAUCCAGUCCGAUCUACAAAAACUGGCCAUUUUUAGACGAGCGGGGAGUACUACGCCUUCGUGGCCGAAUUGGUGCCGCAACAUUCGCACCGGCCGAAGCUAAGUAUCCUGCGAUUCUGCCCAAGCAACACAUUAUCACUCUCCUAAUUACAGACUGGUACCAUCGUCGUUUCCGCCACGCCAAUCGAGAAACCGUCGCGAACGAGAUGAGACAACGGUUUGAAAUCGCCAAGCUGCGCGCCUUGAUUGGAAAGGUUGCGAAAAACUGUAUGAUGUGCCGACUGAAGAAAGCUGCGCCUAGUCCUCCCGCAAUGGCACCGCUUCCUGCGGCGCGUUUGCAACCAUUCGUUCGGCCAUUCAGCUUCGUUGGGGUGGACUAUUUCGGACCGAUAUUGGUCAAAGUUGGGAGGAGUCAAGUGAAGCGGUGGGUGGCUCUGUUCACCUGCCUUACUGUUCGCGCAGUACAUUUGUAG